GACGCCUCGUUUUCCAUCCCGUCUCCCGUCUCCCCCGUCGCCGCGCCCCUCGCCGCCAUUCCGCCCACCAUUCUCCCCCCUACCCCCCCUCGACUAACACAAUGAUCGCUGUACAGAAGCCACCAACAAUGUUCACCCCGCCAGCGUUGCGUCCUACGCACUCUCGACACCCAUCGGCCCCCGUCGUCGUACGGCCCUCGCACACCCCCGGCGUCCUCAACAUCGCCAAACCUGCUCAGUCAUGCCCGCGGCCUCAGCAACUACAGGCCCAGCCGCGAGCACCCCGUGCGUCCCCCAAGAAGCAGCAACGGUCUCCCCAGCCUAUCCAUGCUCAGGCUGCAUCCGUUGAGGCGUCCAAGGCCCCUACGACCUCCCCCGCGAAGGCUGAUCAGUCUUCCCCCGCUGGAGACAAGUCCACUCGAGGGCGCAAGCAGAACAAGCAGCUCAAGGAUGCCCACCGCAGGGUCACUUCUGUAUCCCCUUCCGAUGCCGCCGCGCGGCGACACGCUCACCAACCGUCCCCAACCAGGAUACCCACGCCUCCUCAGGCGUCUUCCGCUCCCCGAGCUGAGGUCCCUCGUGGAAAGCCCGACGUCCCGACCUCGUUGACCGACCUUUUUGCUACCGACAGCAUUCCCGCCCAAUCCCAGAAGGCAGACUCCAAGGCAUUCGCCUCCCCUCCGAAGUUGACUUCCCAGCCGUCAGGCAAGUUGGCCCGCCGCCGUCAGGUUACCGCCCAGAUGCUGGACUCCCCUACCCCCAAGUUGGCGUCCCGCCGCAGGGAAAGGCCCGCUCGCGCUCCUCGCAGCGGUGAGAAUGCCGCGCCUUUGCAGCCGGCUUUCUUGUCCAACAUCCGCCCGCCAGCUCGUCGUGCGAGCACUGACAUGACGAUGACGCGGGUGACGUCGUUCCCUAUUUGCGACGACUCCUCCGACUUCGGUGACGACAGCGACAUCACCCCGCCGACGACUCCCAUCCGUGAGGUUUCGACGGUGCCCGCCAAGGUUACGUGGCAGCAGGGUUUUUUUGGUGACGCUCCCCGCACGGCGCCGCUCGCGUCGAUGUCCGGAUUCCCCUUCGUUGGCCAGAGCCCGUGUUCGACGCCGACCCCUGCUCAGCGUCGCCGCAACCACCGCCGGGUCCCCAGCGAGGGCGUUUUCGCCAUGUCCACCGACGAGGAGUCGCCAUCUUCUUCGACGUCCGACCUCUUUGACACGUUGCCCGCGCACCACCGCACCCCGGUGGCGAUCCCCCGGCACCGCGGACAUGUCACCGACCCCUUCGGUGGAAGUUCUCCCGCUGGAUCCCUCGCUGACCGUCACACUUCGUCGUCUGCCCCCGUUGCUGUCGCUGGCUAUUUCGCAGGCUCGGUUUUCCAAAACUCCCCCAGCCCCGAUGAUCUCCCCGCGCCCUCGUUCGCGGUGUAAUUGUAUUAUAGCAUCAUAGAACUCGCAGAGUAAAGCCCGCACUAAUCAGGAUCCUGAGACGCCGCCUACUUGUCGCUGAUACGAUAAACAUACGCCAUUUGAAGCCUGCGUCGACCGCCUAAUGUCACUCUACCCGCCACGCUAUCCCCCCAAAUCCUCCGCCGCACUCCGCGGUAGAGGCGCGCUGGUCGUCACAUUAUUUUCGAUAUCAUUAUUACUUCGACGUCGUCUUCGUUUUAUCCCCCAUCGGCUUCUCUGGCAAUCUCCGGGCUCUGGUUCUUCUGGGCUUUACACUCGACUCUCGCAUCCCCCCGGCAUCCCCGUCUACCGGCUACCUCGUCAAGGACACCCGCGCACUCUCAUCGUCUAGAUACCCUCCCCUCGCUGGGUCAGCCAUCGGCGCUGGCAUUCAUACCCCAUCGCCGUGGCGUUUGGUUGCUUCCCUUCGCGACCUCGUCGUGGAUGGCAGGAACAGCCCACCAACUCUUCCGUGUAUAUUCUAUCUCGUCCCGACCCGGUCGUCAACGCAAUUGUGUCAGUACAACAUCAAGUGCAUGCUUUCGCAUCUCCCCCCGCAUCGCAUCUCCUCUCUUCCCUCCUCCGCCACUCUGCUCUACCCGGAAGGCCGCCGACAUUCAUAGGCGCACCCCCGGGGUUGUACAACAGGCGAUAUAGACCAGCCCAUCCGCAAAAUCGCAUACAUCAAGAAAACCUGGCUACGGCUAUAUGGUCGGCUGGAGGGCCGAUCUGCGUAUUUAUAUCUCUCCCCCUGGGUCGUAACGGUGGGACGAUCGCAGUGGGUUCGCCCAGGGCUAGUACAUCUUUCCCUUCUUGACUGGUCGUUCCCCGUCUCCUCUUGGGUUUUGGGACAUUCUUAUUGGUCGUGUUUAUUCCUUUCUUCUCCGUAUCGUACUGUAGCCUGGCGCCCUUUUCCACUUCUCCGGCGUUAGAGAUAUGUCCGUUGUGUUCCCCCGCCCGUUCACGGCCCUUUUACGAAUUCUGUACGCCCAUUUUUACUUCAUUCUCCACUACCACUUUCCCCCCACCCGCACCAUUCUCAUGCGUCGCGUUCUACCUCUUGGCGUGUUGCCGCACAGUGUAUCAAUAUCACAUCUCCGUCAUCAUCGCCAACCUCGUUCGCAUUUUUCACUUGUGCACUAGUAUCUACGUUGGCGGCUGACUGUCGCGGUAUCCCCGUGGCAGCGGCUGACACUUACUAUAAUAUUUGCUGCUAUAUUGUCUACGUCGCUCUUCACCUCUCCGACCCCUCCCCCUGUUCUCUUUCCCCUUUCCGACGCUGUGGUUCAACGGUUUUAGGGGUCGGUGUACGUUGUUGGCUUUGCUUCUUCGCAUGUGUAUACUCGCACUGCAUACCCAACCACGCUGGCGACCCCUUGAUAUCCCUACCACCUCUGGCUGUCGUCGACACCGUCGUCUGCGUGUUUAGGCCCGCGGCGACGUUCCUUCUUGUACAUACGUCGGCGACCCCCAGUGCUCCGCUUCCAUUGCCUGCGCGCCUUCCCCCUCGCUGCACGGCCACUCCACACCCUCCCUCCCCGACGCUCGUUGCCUGAUCUGUCCAUUGUCUGUCUCAUAUAUCGACAACAUAGAAAUGUGAAAUUGUGUCUCCAGUUCUUUCCCCCGCCCCGACCUCGAUUCCGGUCCGGUUCGCUGUCCACCGUCCUCGGCGUUCCUCUAUUCUCGCACUCCCGCUCGUCGCUUUGUGCUCAGUCUUGUUCUCUGUCGCCACCGUCCCCGGACCCCGCAAUCCAAGCAAUCUUGUAUCGCCGCCGCCCCCACCACGCACAUCUGUACAACAUACACCGCCGUCGUCAUUUCCCUCGUCUCGCACGCCGCAAUCGCAAUGUAUCAACAGCGCAUUUCCUGUUCGCUCAUCUCAUCGCACUGUGCAACACCGCAAUCGUCCCUCGUCCGCUUUGUCGCUUGCAUCACUACUCCCCCAUAUGCCGCCCCGAUCGUCGUCCUCGACGGUCUCCAUGCCUUCUCUCUCCUCUCAACAUGCAAACGCGGUCACGAUAUGCGGGCGAACGUUUCCGAGAUGGUCGGUGUCGGGUGGUCGGCGCGCGGAGGCGCGGUGGUUCGCGGCUGGUAGCGGAGACGUGCUCGAUGUAGGGGUGGGUGGGGCGGGGAGGACUGGCGUUGUCCUCUGCUGGUAUGUGUUGCUGCGGUGGUGGUGGGUGGCGGGUGUGUGCGGGAGCGGCGCGGCUCCGCUAGACGUUCUCGGACUCGGACCUCGUCCCUGUGUAUGAUGCUGUAUGGUUCCGCUUCCCUUCCCUCGCGGCUGCUGCUGCUGCUGCGGUGGUCACGUAUAUACGACAGACUCUCGGCUCUUUGCAUGGCAUGUAUGAUGAACACGCAGUCGCUGAAUAUGAAUGCUAGGAUGUG